GUUGGCUCGGUCAUGUGAUCAGCAUGUCCAAUCACAGCUGAUCUCAUCUGUCACGCUGACAGCUCGUGAGGAGAGGAGAGCCGGCAAUUGGCAUUCCUCGGAGGGGACAUGUGCACUGAUCAUCAGGGCACUGCCGAUCAGUGUGCCCUGACGAUCAGUGUAGCCCCAGCAGUGCCACCUGUCAGUGUCCAUCAGUGCCAGCUCUCAGUGCUCAUCCAUGCCACCUGCCAGUGCUCAUCAGUGCCACAUCAAUGCCACAUAUCAGUGCCCAUCUGAGCUGCAUUUCAGUGUCACCCAUCAGUGCCAGUCAGUGCCACCUAUCAGUGCCACCUAUCAGUGCUGCCAAUCAGUGUCACCUAUCAGUG